GACUGUUUGCUGAUGUGGCACUGAGACCCCCGCCUCCUGCUGCCUUUACGCAUUUCCGGGAAACAGCCUGUCAUUUUCCGGCACUUAAACAUGGCGCCCCCCAUCCCGCUGUUGGCAGGUAAAAUUAUAUUUAUUAGACGCUGUUCUUAGCUGAAAACACGAACACCGACAUGCUGCGCCUGACGACUGAAAGUCUAAAACAGCGACACAAAGAAGCUCUGAUUUUUUAGCUUAAUGAACACCACACCCAACCCCGCGUCUUUCUGCUGUGUUUUAAUAGUUGACCAUUCUCAAGUAUAAGUUAUAGCCUGUCACCGAAAUAUGUCAGCCUCACUGAGAGAGAGAAACGUGGGUGUUUAUUCGUCAUGGAUAGAAGCCACAGAGUGAAAUCUGUUCAGAUGUAUCAUCAUUACACCUGUCUGCUCACCGUCAGUCUCCGAGAGGGAAACCGAAUGUCAGCUGAUUAACUCAAAAAAAUAACACAAAAACAACUAAGAUAAAUCUACUAUCUUACAGAUUAAUGAGAGACGGGUUUAAAGGUAUCACGUGUCAGACCAGGUAAUGUGUUCAGCGUGAUUUAAUAAGACAGACGGAGCAGUUGGUGGUCAUCUGUAAAUUGAAGUGAAAGAUUUUCUAAAGGUUUGGACUUUACAUUUGAAUCAAAUUUGCCCUCGGUGUUAGCCAGGUGUGCCCCACAGUCACACUUUGUUACACCCUUCCGGUUUAAUGUUGGUUUGUUCAGGUGUUUGUCAGGUGAAAAGGGGAGACAGGUGCAGUGAAAGGCUGUUUAUUGAAGACUUAAAGCUCCAGUGAGAAGUUUUUUUUACAUUGUUAAUAUAGACUGAAUUACAUACCAAUGCCUUUUUAUGAUGAUGACAAGUCUAUCAGAGAUAAGUGUGACCAUUUUUGUUUGCAAUGUCAAAUCCCUGAAACCAUUUUUUUUAACAAUUUCAUAUGAAACAUUCACACUACAUUGUAAGUUAAUAUUAAUAUAAGAUAAUAUUAUUAGACAGUCAAAAGUCAGUAGGAUGAAUUUAUUUAGUAUGUAGAGGGGUACCAAAAAAAAUGACACAGACGGAAAGUUCCUCACUGGAACUUUAAAGACGGAUUUCUGUUACAGGUUUGGUCCUCUGUGUUUCAGUCUGUUUUUGUUUUCAGGUAAUGAGUCAUAUGAACAAAAUCAUGUAGCUAUAGUUUAAUGUUCACCUUUCAUCUAAUGUUACCUCAGCUCAGAUCUACUUUAAUUAUUAAAAACUAUUUAAGAACAGUUAUUGAUUAAAGGGAUGAGCCUUAGAACAGGAAACACAUACAGAAAAGGCUGAUGAUGUUUUAAAAACAUGAAAAAUGUUAAAACUUUAUUAUUCUGGGAGUCUACAUGUACUGACCACCACACCAUCCUGACCACACCUGUACAGCUACAAUAACUGUUUCUGUGUGUGUGUGUGUGUGUGUGUGUGUGUGUGUGUGUGUGUGUGUGUGUGUGUGCGUGUGUGUGCGUGCGCGCGCGCGUGCGUGUGUGCGUGUAUGUGUAUGUGUGUGUUGCAGUGCGUGGGUCAGAUGGGACAUCUCUGCUCUGUGGUCCUCCCAGGUGUGAGCCGCACUUAGCCUUCAAGAGGUAACUACAUCACACCUGUAACAUCAUUACUGCACAUUUCUGUCUUGAUAGAGCAAUAAAAAUGUUCCUCUGUGUGUGUGUGUGUGUGUGUGUGUGUGUGUGUGUGUGUGUGUGUGUGUGUGUGUGUGUGUGCACACCUGCGUGCGUGCCUGCGUGUCAGAGACUCUCGUCCCAGCAGGUGUUUGACCUUCAGCAGAGAUGGAACACUGUUUAGCUGGUGCAAUGGACACAAGUUAGUGAUAAUUAUUGUCAUUGUAGUGAACAACAUUAAUCCCGCUAAGUUAGUCCAAAACAAAGUUAGGUGUUUUUCAAAUAAUUUAAUACUCACUUGACAAGGUUGCAAAUACAGCAAAUUAAAAUGCUGACUCUAAAAACAUAUAAAAGGUUUUUAUUUAUAAUCUCAACUGGUUUUACACUUGAUUUCUAAAAAAAUGUUUCAGAGGAACAACCAAACAGGUAAAAAGUUGUUUAAUGCUAAGAUAAACUGCUGGAGGAACAUCUCAGACUAAUGAGGUGAAUUUCCAAAAGGUUAGUUACAUGACAGGGUAUAAAAAGGACAUUCAAGAGAGGCUGAUGGUGAGAAAGGAUGGAAAGAGGUAUACCACUCUGUGAGAGACUGUGUGAGCUAAUAGUUCAACAGUUUACAUGCAGGUUGAAACUGAGCAAUGCAAACAAUGCUAUCUGUUUGACAGGCACAGUGAUUUGUCAGUGCAUUUAUUCAGUCAUAACUUGAUGAAAAUACACAGAUUUUCGCGCAAUUUCUUUUUUUGCAAACGUCAUACGUGUAGGUGUAACGCAGGACAAAUGGUUAGUUAGCACAUAGUUUCAAGUCUCUGAGAAACUACCGUAUUUUAGCCCUCUUUCCUCCUGUCUUCCCGUAUUUGUAUUCUCCCAUAUUACAAUGCAAUUAAAAAAAAAACAAUCCUCUGUCUCUCUAAACCAAGGGUGGGCAAUUAAUUUUUACAUGGGGCCACAUGAGAAACCUUGACUGUGUUGAAGCUGGAGGGCCGAAACAACAAUAACUUCAACUUCAAAUCAGGGGGGUUCACACAUACAGAAAAACAAGCCCAAAAUAGCACACACAAGACUCACGGGUUUUACAAGUGAUUUCCGAGAGAAACAAGCCUAAAGUCUUUUAUAAUAAGGAGACUUGGCAACUAAGGCGUCUACGUAUAUUUUGCUGAUGUUUAAACUUGUCUCUGUACACAAAUGCAGAUCUAGGAUGUACGCACGUGCGUCCAAAUGGAAAUAAAACAACGGCUAGCUUUUCAAAUUAAAAGCGAAACACUUUAUAGCAUGUUGAUUUGAUUGACCGACCUCACGAAGGGCUGGGCAGGGACAUCCAAAGGGCCGCAUGUGGCCCUCGGGCCGUAAAAUGCCCAGGUCUGCUCUAAACUGAACUCUGUCACCAGACUUGUGUAUGUCUGUAAACUUCUGGUUUCAACUGUGUGUGUGUGUGUGUGUGUGUGUGUGUGUGUGUGUGUGGAUAUAUAUAUAUAUAUAUAUAUAUAUAUAAUUACAGUACAGGCCAAAAGUUUGGACACACCUUCUCAUUCAAUGUCUUUUCUUUAAUUUUUUAUAUGACUAUUUACAUUGUAGAUUAUCACUGAAGGCUUCAAAACUGUGAAUGAACAUGUAGAAUUUGUACUUAUGAAAAAAGUGUGAAAUAACUGAAGACAGGUUUGAUAUUCUAGUUUCUUUAAAAUAGCCACCCUUUGCUUUUGACGAAGUAACCCAGACAAGACACACCUGUGAGGUAAAAACCAUUUCAGGUGACUACCUCAUGAAGCUCAUUGAGAGAACAGCAAAAGUUUGCAGCACCAUCAAAAAAGCAAAGGGUGGCUACUUUGAGGAAUCUAAAAUAUAAAACAUGUUUUCAGUUGUUUCCGCUUUUUUCUUAAGCACAUGAUUCCACAUGUGUUCAUUCAUAAUUUUGAUGCCCUCAGUGAGAAUGUACCAUUUAAAUAGUAAUGAGAAUAAACAAAAUGCAUUGAAUGAAAAGGUGUGUCCAAACUUUUGGCCUGUACUAUAUAUAAAUAUAUAUAUAUAUAUAUAUAUAUAUGUAUAUGUAUAUAUAGUAUAUGUAUAUGUAUAUAUAUAUAUAUAUAUAUAUAUAUAUAUAUAUAUAUGUAUGUAUAUAUAUAUGUAUGUAUAUAUAUGUAUAUGGGUCAAUGACGUGACGCCUCAAUAUUCUGUCCGGCUGUAUUUUCUUUAUGUUACAAAGAGUUUUAAAUGUAAAAAAAUAUACCAUCUAUUUGUAGUAUCUCUCUAAUAUAUGGAGCCACUUCAACUUUUCAAAAAUCAGGAGUUUUUUGUAAUUUUUUUUAACUUCAAAGGGUCAAAAUAUCAUGUGGUGCGACCGUCCGGCCAUGACUUCUGUUUUGAAAACUUCUUUGAAACUACUCUAAAUCUAUUACAAUUUAGUUUCUGCAAUAUUCGGCAUAAUUUUGAAAGUGUUUUUUAUUCCUGUACAAAAUUGCAAAGCUUUUGCAGUUAUAAUUUUUUCAUAAUAUUCAAACAAAUUUUGUCCGAUCGUGUCCAUUUCAUUAAAUAUCAUGUGGUGCGACCAUCAAAAAAUGACAAUUUUUGACACUUUUAUGCUGAAAUUUACUCAAGGACAGGAUGUUGGAUCAUUCACCAUUUUGUAGUAGAGCUAUGGAAGCAGAAAGAGGGUUGGUGGUUCUCUCAUUUCUUUAAAAAAAAGAGACCUUUUCAACUGCUGUAAUGGUGUUUGCACUUUUCGAUGUCAUGUGGUAUGACCUAAAAAAAAACAAUUAAUUUAAGUUAUUUCCACAAAUAAGUAUUUUAAUUAUAAAUUUCAUAGUGACCUUUUGUGGGAAACUAGUGAGGUUUGUUUAUGUGACUAAUCCUGUAUCAGUAAGAUUUGACUAAAUUUGAAAUGUCAUGCGGUGCGACCAAUUAUCAUGUGGUGCGACCACUGCAGAUUGUUUUUUAUCAUAAAUAUAUGCCCUUGAUUGGCAGUAUUUACGCUUUUUAUAUUCAAUUGAUGAUUGAUAAACACUGAGUACUUAAUUUUUAGUAUUAUUUUGAAUUUUCUUUGUUAUUUGAUGAGUCAUUUUGCUAACAUUUCUGAAAUAAUGGUUAGGUCAUCUCUGUACAAAAUAAGAAAAAAAAUAUUAAAAGCAUGCCAUUUCACUUAAGCUAUUUAUGCUGUUGUUAGCAAUUUAUUAACUUUCAUGUAUCAAUUUAAGUCAUUUUAAUUUAUUUUACCAGAUGCCACUGGCGAGCAAAGUUAAAAGCGCUCGCCAUAGGCAGCGCGUCAACUCUGACCCUGCAGCAUGUUGUUCAUGCCAGGGCUGGUCAAAGAUUGGGCCAAGAUUGUUGACAUCGCUGCAUGGAUGGUGAGAGGAGCGCUUUGCCGAGAGCGUUAUAUUCAUGAUCGUUUAAAUCCAUUUGAUUUACCUGAUGACGUUCUCUAUGAACGUUACAGGUUUUCCUCAGACGGCCUCAAUAGUCAGGUAACAUGAAAUGGAAGCAAUACACUAAUAUUUGCCAAGCUCCAAGUUCAAGUUUCAUGCGGCAUAUCAGUCAUCAUUCAGAAUUUAUUGAAGUAGAUUAGAAAACUCCUCUUAACCCCAAAUGUGUCUGCAGAUGACAUGUGACCAUCAGAUGAUGGAGAAAAAAGAAAAAAAAGGCAGUGUGAGGAAAUCACUGUUUACGCGUUGAAAUAUAUACAAAUAAAAUCUUCCAGUAAACCAGCUAACCACUUUGACGGAUGUUUUUAGAUUUAUUUUUAUUUGCUCCCACGUACUCUUUUCCCUACUGCUGUUGUAUCUGAAAUAAUGAGGUCAAUGAUGGAGGUUAUCACACACGCAGCAUGACAACAUAUUAGGGGGCCAUAAAUUUAUCAACGCACAAAUGAAAUUUACACGAUCGAUGAUUUUUUUUGCCGGCAGUCUCUCCGGCUUUUAGCGACUUUGGCUGUCCUGCUCCUCAAUGUUAUAAUGUUGCAGUACUCCUCGUAUUAGCGUAAAACGAUGCUCCUCGGCUGUGAAAUAUGAUGUGCAGCCUUCUUCAUUGUGGAGAAUGGUCCGGUGGCACUGACCCCGCCCCCUUUACGUGUGUGCGCACAGAUCUAGACUGACCACAACUGAAUUUAGUUAGCUAGUUGUAGUGAUUUGAAAUGAGCCUCACACGGUCGCACCAAAAUAUAUUUGGCGAUUGGAAUUUAUAAUAAAUGUCUGAAGAUUAAUAAUCUCAAAUUAUGACAUUUAUGCACUCGUUGAAAGGGGCACCACCCACCCUUAAUGGUGGGAAAAUAAAGAAAACAAAAGUUUAAUUCAGAAAUCAAACAUCAAGUCAGUUUUAAUUAAUCAGUCUUAAUUAAUCAGUCUUAAUUAAUCAGUCUCAUAUCUUAAGUCGAAAUUCUAAUUUCAGGGACUCCACUUCUGGAAGAACACUAACAGACAGGAACUUAGAAAAAUAAUGAUCUGUUUAUUACAGGAUAAAUGAUGGUACAACACACAUGCAAUAAAUGAUAAGAUAAUGAGGAUAAAAUAAUAAUAGGUGAAUAAAUAAAGAUUCUGAGUCAGGCUAGGAGCACUAAAGUUAAUGAUAGUGAGUGAAUAUGCGCUAACAUAUUAACCUACACUAACUUUGGUGUCGAGAUAAACUCGGAUGUGGAUUUGGAGGAAUCUAAGAUCACCAGAAAUAGGUGGAUAUCUGAGUUAUGAACGCAUGAGACAGCACCAGCCCUCUCUGGAGCUCUGGAGGUUUGCAUACUUAAGUGAGACUGGUCCUUGGAGAAGAUGGAGCAGGUUCCGAAGGUCCAGGGCUACUGGCGGUUCGAGCGGUUCAGCUCAGAAGACGACUGAAGUCAGCCGAAGGAUGAGCCAGGAGUUGCAGCACUCGGGCCCGAAACAAAGCCAGCGCCUGUGGAUCCUGUGGAUGCUCGUUUGGGUACUUCUUUGGUCUCACUUAAAAACUCUGGCACAGAGGAUGACCUGGGCCUGCUGGGUUGCGUUCAGAGGUGACUUUGAAUCACGCAGAAAACUCAGAAAAACGAGGCUCAAAGAGCAGAGAAAACUUUCAAAAAUGGCUUCGCGAAAUUAAAGAAAAAUCAAUCAAAGGCUUAAUCUUGAAUUGCUAUGUGCACAAAAAGUUGAAGUUUCAAAACUUGAACUAAGACGAUGUUAAAGAAAAAUCAACGUGAAUCAACACGUGGCGUAAAACUUAGAAGACUAAGAAAAAGUUCUAAGAGAAAAUAAAGAAACGCACCACAGAAGGGUGUGGGCAGAAGAGAAGGGGCAUAAGAGCCGGGGACAAGAGAUUCAGCAGAAGAGCAGAAGCAUAAGAGGAAUAAGAGAUAAGAGAAAAUAAGAGCGUGAGCAACCCGACUUCACUGGUUUUAUCUUCUCACACUGGGAGUGGCUCCGGCGUGUGUGUGAGACAGAGGAGGGGUCGUGGAAUCUCUGAUUAUUUGAUCUAACUUAUACUUUUGGCUGGUAAAAGAGUCAGAUCUGAUACUCACUCACUAUGAUUAAUAUCAUUGAAUGCUUGGUUUCAUGAUAAAUAAUUUGACACUAAACACAUAUGAAUGAAGUGUAGGAUCACAUCAGACAUUCUCAUUAUGUUUUAAGUAUCACAUUAAACAUGCUAAAUUACUCUGAAAUGAAACAGAUAGUAACACAUGGAAACUGUGAACAACAAAAGAGUAAAUACAUGUGAAUGAACUUCAUCAUGAUUAAUAAUGGAUUCUAAAUACUCACAUUCAGAUUAUUCAAUGACAUUAUAACCACCUAAUGGUUAAAAAUACUAAAUAAACAUCUACAAUAUAAACCAAACAUUUCUAAACUGUUUCUGUUACCUAGAGUUAAGUUAUGAUUCAUAGUCGAUAAAUUUAACUCUUAAAAGUUCAUGAAACAGUCUGAAAAUAUGUUGCUCUAAAGAACUAAAGAAUAAGGAUUUAUUCUGUCAGAUAAGAUAACUUGGCUUCUGAAGCACAUAGAAAAACGGGAAACAUCUCAUUUUAACACAAAUUUCAUGAUUAGACAGAUUAGUACAUUGCUGAAUGCAUAAGAUGUCAUGAUCAGUCAUUUGUAUUCUUUCACCAAAGGAAUGCAGUCUUUAUCAGUGUAUGGUUGAGCAGGGUUUUACGACCGAGGUCUGGAGGUCAGUGUCCCCCCUUUUCCUAGGGUCCGUAUGUUCACACACUUUAAGACACUAAAUCUCAAAUGGGAGAUCUGGGUUGAGACGUUAAUGUUUAUUUAGAUGGUCAGCAAAUGGAGUCAGUUUGAAAGGUAAUAAAACUCUGUCUCUGUUCUCCGAAUUGACCAAUCGUGAAGAGUCAGAGGUUUAGUCAACCUCCUGUUGGGUCACUUAUUUAACCUGAAAGGGCAAACACGUCUGGAAAGAUUUAUAUCCUGUUUCCUGGGACCAGAUAAGGAAGCUUUCCUGUGAGGAAUGUGUGGGUUUCACAUCCAGGGUUGUCUUGAUUGCUACAGUCCCCCCUUCGUCACGGUGGUCCUGUCCAUGGAGCAUCGGGACGACGAGUAGACAACCAUGAAGCAGCAGCAGCAGCAGCAGGUGUAUGCAAAUAGGACUGAUGCGUCUCAUUAUCACUAUGUGAAUCACUAGUAUCUGCUUUAAGAUAACAUCAAGCAUGCAUUAAGCUAUCAAAUAAAAUCGUCUAGGUGUUAGACUUUUCUCAGUUAACUAUUGGUAGACUAAUGUGAAAGAAAAUCUCCUAAUUUUCAGUAUUAAUGAGAUUUAGAAAAGCACUCUUUAGUCUGAAUGCUAACUGGAUCUAAAGCUAUAGCUGUUUUUCAUGCUUGCUGGAGAAGUCUGAAAGUUCAAUUUCAGUUUCAAAAAUGGUUAAGACUUAAGAAAAGAAAUGUCUGCUAUAGACAUAUUAACCAUCUGUGUAUGAGCAUAGUCAACCUGAAUCACAAACAUCAAAAGUUUACUGCACAGAGUUUCUCUUAAACUUUGUCUGUUAAACUUGGGGAUGAUGCUCUUAUCGGUUUGACUAAUUAUCUGCUGUUGAGUCUGAAAUUUGUCAAUCUGAGUCUUAGUGACAGAAAUUUCAGCUUUUAAUCUGUUCAUGGGAUAUUUGACAGCUGACAAGCUGACUAUAUUGACAGAGGAGAGACAAAUGCUAACAAAGAAAGCAGCAACUGGGGUUGCAGUCAUCAAUGUAUCACCACAGCAUUUGGAUAUCUUAUUGGAGUCAUUUAGCUUUGGCUAGGUGACUUCUGCUUUCACAGGACUCACACCUUCAUGACUCCACAGUGUUAAUCUCAGUGGUUAGCUGAGUAGUCAUGUUUAUUCACCUUCAAAGUGGAUGAAACCGAUUGAGGUGGAUAAUAAGAUCGUCGUUUCUGAGAGUGUAAUUUACUCUGAUUCUGCCAGUCAUUCACCCCCCUUUGGCGGUGUUGAUGGUUUUUCCUUUGUCUGGGAUAAAACCCACCGUGACGGGAGUCUGAAUAACAACGGUUGGUCUCAAAGUUUACCUGGCGUUGGUCUGUGUCAGAACUGGGCCUUGGUGUGUAACUUUGACCUUUGUGAGUUUGUUGAGGUCGAAAAGGUUUUGGAGGCCUGGUUAACCACUCAUUUGGAGGCUUAUCGAAGCCUGAAAAAACACAGUCUGAAGCUUCGUUCAGCUCCAUGGGCAGUGAUUUUGUCUCCAUAGCCAAGAGAGUAACGGGCUCUGCUCUCUUAGCCAAAGUUUGUCGUUGUUUGGCAAAACCUUUUACAGCAAGUUCACGAAGCUGUCGGCUAGUCGAAGUGUUUGGACAAGCUAAGACGCCAAGGUGAUGACUGGUGGUAGGGUGGAGGUUCUGGACGAACAGCGUUUUGAAGUUCAAGUCCUCCUCCAUUUCUGGUUCAUUUCGGAAACCAAAGUAAGCUUCGCGUAAGCGGUUGUAAUAAUGUUGGGGAGAUUCUGAUCUCCCUUGUUUAAUAGACAGAGCAGCAGAAAGGCCUGUCUGGGUCAAAUGAUCAGAAAACUCUUCAAUUAAUGCUUGGCAGAGCAAGUCAUAAUUAUUUCUGACAUGAUAAGGCUGUCGUUCAAGGAAACUGCUAACCUCUCGACUUGACGUCGCCUUAAUAAGGUAGAUUUUGUCAUCAAUGGUUGCACCUGGAAAUUUCCUCAGGUAAAAGUCAAUGUCUUUCAAGUAGGUGCAGGUGUCAGUAGCACCUUGGUGCUCAGGUUCAAAGCAUGCUAUGUUGCGAGCAAUUUUGUCAAGAUCCCUAUCUGAGGGAAAUGGUAAGAAGCCAUCAUGGGGAGGAGAGUAGGACUCUUGGUUUAAGGAUGACCUCUCAGGGUCAAGCAGGGUCCUGUCAUGAUGCUGAGAGAGAUACUUAAGAGUUGGUUUGGAAGGAAGUGAUGGCGCUCUCUCAGGAGGCUGAUCACCUAUCAUUUCUUCAAGAAAAGUUUGCUCCAUGCGUUCUCUUUGGGCUCGACCUGACUGGAGGGAGCAUUGUAACUCUCUUUGGGCAUCUUCAAGUUCUUUGUCUGUCUUUUCUUGCCGUUCUUGACAAAGAAUUAACUGUCUCUGAGCUAUCUGGAGCUGGUGCUGUAAGGUAGAAGUUUGCUUCUCCUUAGCUUCAAGAGCUUCAGCACGCACUUUGACCAAUGCUUUCAAAGUUUUUACAUCUUCUGUUGCUUGCUCUAGUAGGGAUUCUGACUGUAUCAGAUCCUCUGUGGUCUUAGCAAGCUGCUUAUUCGUGUCAUCAAGUUCUUUCUCCUUUUUGUAAAGGGUUUCAUUAAGUCUUUCAAUCUUGUCUUUGAGAUCAAGAUUUUCUUCAUGACUUAGUGAGGGAAGCUUUGACGCUUCACAUCUGGCACUGUGUUUUUCUAAAACACUUAGAGACUUCUUAGUCUCCUCUAACGUCUUUUUCAGAGCGCUGUUUUCGUCUUUUUGCGCCUUUAUCUUUGCUAAAGCGCAUUCCAGCAAGUAGUCUUUAUACUCAAGCUGAGAAGACAUCAUGACAGACAUGCAUCUAGUGAGCUCUUUGUCACGAAGUGUCGUGGUUAAGGCUGUUUCCAGUAAGUCAGCCAUUGCAUCCUCCGGAUUGGAGGGUUUGGCCUUUUGAAUCUUAGUCAUGUACUGAGGUAUCAACUGACUAGUCAAGUUUGCCAACACUGUGUGUAUGUCCCUCAGGGGGUCUCCCUGGCUGGACUCUUUUGUGUUAGGCAUGUUUGGUUUUGGUAAAGAGGUGCAGGUGGUUGGUUGAUGAGUUUGAGUUGACUUAAACUGAAAGGAAGAAGUACAAUAUCAAAUUAAGUGAGUUAAUCGACUUAAUUUAUCAAUGCUUGAUAAAGAGGAAGAGCCUAUCUGAGUAGAUAUCUAAUGGAGAGAAAAAUAACAUAAAGUUAACUUCAUUUCAAUGAAAAUUGAAAUAAAACAAGGUGAAAUAAUGUUAAAUUAAAUUUAACAUCAGAUACAGAACCAUUGAAUAAAGGGUUCAAAUUGUCUCCGUGUUGCAGAGAUCAGCAAAGCUUAAAUAAACUGCCUGAUGCAGUUGGAUGAAUCUGAAACCAAUGAAAUUGUCAAUUUAAGGAAUUAACUCUGAAGUUAAUUCACAAAUCGCAAUAAAGCCAAAGAUUCAACUACCCAAUUCAUCUGAAAUGGUAAAAUAGAUUUCAAAUAUUAAUUAAUUUGUUCAUUAAUUAAUUAAUCUUAUGAGGAGGGUUAAUACAUUCAUGUAUUAUAGGGAACAGUAAAACUGCUCAAUGGUGUGAUAAGUAACAACAGAUCAGGUGAUUGAUUCAAGGAGUUACUUUAUCAAUACAUUAUGUAGGCUCUUAUAACAAAGAUAAAAAUCAAAAAUCAAUGAUCAAUGAUUUAGAAUAAGCACAUCAAACUUCAUCAACCAAGUCAAUCACUUGAGUUAUGUCUGUAGAGUGUUACACACUGACUACAGAGAGGCAGUACAGCUGGCUGAUACUGCAGGCAGAUAAUAGCAGUGUUAGCUCAAUACCAAAAACAACCAUGUGGGGCAGUAUGGAGUUGGGGUAACUGCACAAGCUCAACACAAGUGGAGAAGAAGAAGAGAAGAGGAAACAGUCAUCCAACUAGCCUCUUGUGGCUGUGAGGAGUUGGGAAGUGUGCAGGAAGGGGCCUUUAGGCUCUGCCUCCUUGAAGGGCCUUAUCUGCUUAAGGCCAAAGGGUCAGUCUCUCCACUGACAACAAAGGGUUAACAUUUCACAGCAGGCUGCGUCUGCACCCUCAAACAUAGAACUUUACACCAUCUGCUCAGGCAGAUUGGUUCAAUAAAAUCAUUUACAGGAACAAGAAUCAAAGUGACAAAUCCUUAAACAGCAGAUUCAACUGCAAACUUAAAAUUACAAAUGCGGCGAUUUGUGAACACAAAUUUUGUCUGAAUUCAAUCAAACAACAACCUCCCACUGUUACAGUGGUUUCCUGUGACAGGUAGUUAAUCUGUCAGGGGAAAGGAGGAAAUCUGAAUCCCAUAUAGUUACUAGAACUUCGUAGCAGACUAUAGAGACAAGAAUCAAAGUGACAAAUCCCUCAACAGCAGAUUCAACUGCAGACUUUUAAAAAAAUCACAAAUGCGGCGAUUUGUGAACACAAAUUUUGUCUGAAUUCAAUCAAACAACAACCUCCCACUGUUACAGUGGUUUCCUGUGACAGAUAGCUAAUCUGUGACGGGAAAGGAGGAAAUCUGAAUCCCAUAUAGUUACUAGAACCUCGUAGCAGACUACAGAGACUUCAGGGGCUUGAAACCACAGCUCGGAGCAUCGCGAACACUGGGUUCAGCCAAAGGCCUUAAAUACAAGCGUACGGCGACGCCACAAUCGUGCAUUUAAAUAUUGGACAGUCUAGACAGAGCAGAGGAGUCAGUCUCACUGCUACUCAGAACAACAUUUCACGCUGUCCAGCUCAAACACAGACUACAGGCAUGUAGUACAAGAGUGUGUGAAACACAGAGCAUAAAGGUUUUAUGCAUAGAUCAUGAAAACAUCAGAACUUAGUCAAGCAACUUCAGCAAGCAUAGCAUUGAUUGUGAUUAAGUCUAAAACAGCCUGAAAAUAAGUUUGUCUCAUCAAUUUGGAAGGCUAAGUUUUAGGUUGUCUGUUAGUAUCCAGAAGUUUUGUUUGAAACGCCUCACGCAGGGGCACCAAAAUAUAUGUAGUGAUUUGAAAUGAGCCUCACACGGUCGCACCAAAAUAUAUUUGGCGAUUGGAAUUUAUAAUAAAUGUCUGAAGAUUAAUAAUCUCAAAUUAUGACAUUUAUGCACUCGUUGAAAGGGGCACCACCCACCCUUAAUGGUGGGAAAAUAAAGAAAACAAAAGUUUAAUUCAGAAAUCAAACAUCAAGUCAGUUUUAAUUAAUCAGUCUUAAUUAAUCAGUCUUAAUUAAUCAGUCUCAUAUCUUAAGUCGAAAUUCUAAUUUCAGGGACUCCACUUCUGGAAGAACACUAACAGACAGGAACUUAGAAAAAUAAUGAUCUGUUUAUUACAGGAUAAAUGAUGGUACAACACACAUGCAAUAAAUGAUAAGAUAAUGAGGAUAAAAUAAUAAUAGGUGAAUAAAUAAAGAUUCUGAGUCAGGCUAGGAGCACUAAAGUUAAUGAUAGUGAGUGAAUAUGCGCUAACAUAUUAACCUACACUAACUUUGGUGUCGAGAUAAACUCGGAUGUGGAUUUGGAGGAAUCUAAGAUCACCAGAAAUAGGUGGAUAUCUGAGUUAUGAACGCAUGAGACAGCACCAGCCCUCUCUGGAGCUCUGGAGGUUUGCAUACUUAAGUGAGACUGGUCCUUGGAGAAGAUGGAGCAGGUUCCGAAGGUCCAGGGCUACUGGCGGUUCGAGCGGUUCAGCUCAGAAGACGACUGAAGUCAGCCGAAGGAUGAGCCAGGAGUUGCAGCACUCGGGCCCGAAACAAAGCCAGCGCCUGUGGAUCCUGUGGAUGCUCGUUUGGGUACUUCUUUGGUCUCACUUAAAAACUCUGGCACAGAGGAUGACCUGGGCCUGCUGGGUUGCGUUCAGAGGUGACUUUGAAUCACGCAGAAAACUCAGAAAAACGAGGCUCAAAGAGCAGAGAAAACUUUCAAAAAUGGCUUCGCGAAAUUAAAGAAAAAUCAAUCAAAGGCUUAAUCUUGAAUUGCUAUGUGCACAAAAAGUUGAAGUUUCAAAACUUGAACUAAGACGAUGUUAAAGAAAAAUCAACGUGAAUCAACACGUGGCGUAAAACUUAGAAGACUAAGAAAAAGUUCUAAGAGAAAAUAAAGAAACGCACCACAGAAGGGUGUGGGCAGAAGAGAAGGGGCAUAAGAGCCGGGGACAAGAGAUUCAGCAGAAGAGCAGAAGCAUAAGAGGAAUAAGAGAUAAGAGAAAAUAAGAGCGUGAGCAACCCGACUUCACUGGUUUUAUCUUCUCACACUGGGAGUGGCUCCGGCGUGUGUGUGAGACAGAGGAGGGGUCGUGGAAUCUCUGAUUAUUUGAUCUAACUUAUACUUUUGGCUGGUAAAAGAGUCAGAUCUGAUACUCACUCACUAUGAUUAAUAUCAUUGAAUGCUUGGUUUCAUGAUAAAUAAUUUGACACUAAACACAUAUGAAUGAAGUGUAGGAUCACAUCAGACAUUCUCAUUAUGUUUUAAGUAUCACAUUAAACAUGCUAAAUUACUCUGAAAUGAAACAGAUAGUAACACAUGGAAACUGUGAACAACAAAAGAGUAAAUACAUGUGAAUGAACUUCAUCAUGAUUAAUAAUGGAUUCUAAAUACUCACAUUCAGAUUAUUCAAUGACAUUAUAACCACCUAAUGGUUAAAAAUACUAAAUAAACAUCUACAAUAUAUUCCAAACAUUUCUAAACUGUUUCUGUUACCUAGAGUUAAGUUAUGAUUCAUAGUCGAUAAAUUUAACUCUUAAAAGUUCAUGAAACAGUCUGAAAAUAUGUUGCUCUAAAGAACUAAAGAAUAAGGAUUUAUUCUGUCAGAUAAGAUAACUUGGCUUCUGAAGCACAUAGAAAAACGGGAAACAUCUCAUUUUAACACAAAUUUCAUGAUUAGACAGAUUAGUACAUUGCUGAAUGCAUAAGAUGUCAUGAUCAGUCAUUUGUAUUCUUUCACCAAAGGAAUGCAGUCUUUAUCAGUGUAUGGUUGAGCAGGGUUUUACGACCGAGGUCUGGAGGUCAGUGUCCCCCCUUUUCCUAGGGUCCGUAUGUUCACACACUUUAAGACACUAAAUCUCAAAUGGGAGAUCUGGGUUGAGACGUUAAUGUUUAUUUAGAUGGUCAGCAAAUGGAGUCAGUUUGAAAGGUAAUAAAACUCUGUCUCUGUUCUCCGAAUUGACCAAUCGUGAAGAGUCAGAGGUUUAGUCAACCUCCUGUUGGGUCACUUAUUUAACCUGAAAGGGCAAACACGUCUGGAAAGAUUUAUAUCCUGUUUCCUGGGACCAGAUAAGGAAGCUUUCCUGUGAGGAAUGUGUGGGUUUCACAUCCAGGGUUGUCUUGAUUGCUACAUAGUUGAUAUCCUGCCUCGUAGUACAGCUGAUCGGGAUUACAGAGAUCUGGUGAAGUUGAGCAAGUUGUGGCAGAGUUAUCCUGGGUGUGUUAAUCCAGCUUCAAAGUGCAGGCCUCUGGACCACAUACACAAACACACACAGAGUUAAAUUUUUGUAAAAAAAAGGGAAAUAAAAUGUUCGCGUUCAUGUUUGAAAUUUUAAUAAAAUUUGGUUUUAAUAUAAAAUUUGCAUGAAAUUAAUUGUUCAUAGGUCUCUUUAAAUUGAUUUUUAAUGAUACAAGGUCUUCAGGUCAUUUGGCGCGACCACCAAUCAUGUGGUGCGACCAAUAAUAACAUUAAUUAUAUCAAAUACAAACUAAAAUAUCUCAUUUCUGUAACCGAGACAUUAAUACCUGAUACAAUAUGCUUACAUGAAAGGUAGUUUCAAAACAUUUUUAUCAGUAUUAUGCAAUUUAAAGAAAAAAAUAGUCAGUGAACUACAUUUGAUAUAGCGACUGUGACAUUAUAGAGCUAAUAUAUGAGAUCAUUAUUUACAAAAACUCAAAUAAACUGCAAACGCUUUGUUCCUAUGUAAUUGAUAUUACUGACAAUUUGUAAAAAACUAUGAAGUAUGUUGAAAAAAUGUAAUAAUUUUGAGAUAAAUGAUGGUCGCACCACAUGACAUUUUUUAAGGCCACAGGCAAUUCAUCUAUAUGAAAAAACACUAAAAUUGACUAAUUUAAAAAUUAAACUUUAGUUUUUGUUUACAUAACAUCCUUAGUGUUUGAACUGUUGCAAAAGAUAUUCUUAUUUUUGGUAUUUUAAAAUUGGCGUGUUGAAAAACCUUUUACGUCAUUGACCCAUAUAUGUAUAUAUGUAUAUGUAUAUGUAUAUGUAUGUAUAUAUGUAUAUGUAUGUAUAUAUGUAUAUGUAUGUAUGUAUAUAUAUGUAUAUGUAUGUAUAUAUGUAUGUAUAUAUAUGUAUAUGUAUAUGCAUGUAUGUAUAUAUAUGCAUGUAUGUAUGUAUAUAUACACACAUAUGUAUAUAUAUAUGAAUAUAUACAUAUAUGUAUAUAUAUGUGUACAUAUAUGUAUAUACAUAUAUGUACAUAUAUAUAUAUGUGUAUAUAUAUUUGUGUAUAUAUGUAUAUAUAUGUGUAUAUAUGUAUAUUUGUAUAUAUAUGUAUGUAUGUGUAUCUAAUAUAUGUAUAUAUAUGUGUGUAUAUAUGUAUAAAUAUGUAUAUACAUAUACAUGUAUAUACAUAUGUAUAUGUAUGUAUGUAUGUAUAUACAUAUGUAUAUGUAUAUAUGUAUAUACAUAUGUAUGUAUGUAUAUGUAUAUAUGUAUAUAUAUGUGUGUGUAUAUAUAUGUGUGUGUGUGUGUGUAUAUAUGUUUAUGUGUGUAUAUAUGCAUAUGUGUACUUAUAUGUAUAUGUGUACUUACAUGUAUAUGUAUAUAUGUAUAUAUAUAUACAUGUAUGUGUGUAUAGAGAGAUAUAAAGAUAUAUAUAUAGAUAGAUUUAUAUAUAUUAGAUAGAUAGAUGUAUAUAUAUGUGUAUAUGUAUGUAUGUAUGUGUGUAUAUAUAUAUCUAUAUUUAUGUAUGUAUAUAUACUGUAUAUAUGUGUGUGUAUAUAUGUAUAGAUAGAUAGAUAGAUAGAUAUAUAGAUAGAUGCAAAAUCAAACAAGUCUAAAUAGCAAAAAAGAAUGCAGGAUUAUUAUCCUAUGGGUAGGAAGACCAGACCAAGAUGGCUGCUGUAUUGCUCAAGCCCCAGCAGCCGAUGAGGUUGCUUCUCUUAAUCAUGUCUAUUGACCAGACCCUAAGAAGUACAGAGGAUCUUGGCUAGAAGAUUGGAAUGCUCGUGAGAAAAACAAUUAUGAUGUUAGCUAUUAGCAACUGCACGGGUGAGGGAAGAUGCAGAGCAUGGCUGUCUCCACCCAUGAAUCAGAGGUGAAUUGCUAAUGAGCUACUGAAGCUCUGCAGAAGAAAAGCCGUUGAGGAUGACACAGGUUUUGUAAUUUUGGCUAAAAACUAAAGACCACUGGGAACACUUUAAACAGUUAAAAAACAUGAUUGGAGCGGAUCUUCAAUUAAAGUUCUUGUGUUGUAUUUAGGAGAUCACCAAAAUUCUUAUAGGAUUAAAGAUUUAACAUCAGCAGUUUAACCAAACUAGACUGGUUUAAACCUCUCUUUCUCUCACUCUUUCUCAGUGUGUCUGUGGUGAGGUCAGCAGAUGGAUCCAUCGCUUCAACCUUUGACCUCCCUAAGACAUCUCUGUUGGACUUUUCUCCUCUGGGCAGCAUCCUGGUUACCUGGCAACCAUACAGCAGUGAGACACCACACUGACCAGUUAGAGAUAAUCAAAAGCUUUAACUAGCUGCACAUUGCACAUACUAACUAAAUGACUGUGUGUGUGUGCGUGCGUGUGUGUGUGCGUGCAUGCGUGCGCGCGUACGUGUGUGUGCGUGUCUGUGUGUGUGUGUCUAAUUGAUUUUUUUGAUGGAGUCGCUAACAGAAACGGGUCAUCUGUCUGUAGUGAUUGCUUGUUUCUUUAUUCAAUGAUCAGUCAGUCAGUGUUUGGAAAUCCCUGCAGCAUGUUUAUAAUAACAGUUACACCAUUUCAGUAGUGAUCCAUCACAAACCAGGACCAGAUAAUGUGGGUGUCGUAGACUCAUCUGAAAUUCUAUAGCUGACAGAGAAAGGAGCGUCAGAGACCCCCACCGACAUAGGCUACAUUUAUCUGUGCAUCAGUGACUUCCUUUUUACACUGGUGAUAGCCCCUGAUUGGACAGAGGUUUCCUGGAAACAGACUGACACAUUAACAAAAUCUCUGUGUCUUUCAGAGACUCAAGACAGUCUUCAGGGGGACCCCAACCUGCAGCUGUGGGACAUUGAGAGUGGUCAGCUGAUCAAAGCCCUCUAUCAGAAGAAGGUGGACUCCUGGUCAGUGCUACACACACAUGCACGGGCACCCCCACAUACAUACAGAAAGAUACACACAUGCACAGAAACCCACACAUGUACACACAUUCAUACACGCACAAAAACAGACACAUAUGCAGACAUGCACAAACACACGCAGGCAUGCAAACAUGCACAACACACACAGGAACACAAAUAAACAUACACACACAUACAGACAUGUGCACACACACACACACACACACACACAUGCAAGUAUGCAUGAACACACACGCAAACACACACACACAUGCAUGCACAUACAGACAUGCACACAAACACACACCACUAAACCACUGCAAAACAGUUUAGUACACUACUAUGAAAUAUGACACAAUGCUGUGUGAUGCAGCGUGUGAGGAUUUCAAACUAGAAAUUCCCACUGAGAAUUUUUGAAAAGGCCACAGGGGAUACUGCCAGGGUGUGAACAUUAUGAUGAAAAUCUUCAGAGAUUUUAAAUUAUUAAUACUAAUAGCAUUGUGAUAUUAUAUACAAGGAGCACACCUGCAACAAACAUUCCUUUUAAAGGUAUUCAUUAAUACACAAAAAGAAAUUGGAGCCGGCGCAGUAGAUGUUUAAAAUCUCCAAUAAUUGCUGUUUUUUUUGGCUUGUCUCAUUGACUUCUGUGCAAACAUUUUCUCCAGUUUUUGUGACUUACGCUGCAGAAAGAGAGAGAGGAAUGACACAAUUAAAUUCACAAUUGAGAGAAAUGACAUAACUUAACUCACAAUAAGGAGAAACGAUAAGAGUUAGAACAUGUUGAAGAGGAAUGACAUGAGUUAGAGCACAAUGAUGAGGAAUGACACAUGUAAGUACACAUUAAAUAGUUUGAGACAGUUUGAUACAUGAUAAGGAGGAAUGACACGAGUCACUUCUUAAUAAUGAGUAAUAAAACAAGUAAGUACACGAUAAAGACGAAUGACACAUCAGUUCAGGAAAAAGAGGAAUGACACAAGUUAGUACACGCUAAAGCAGAAUGACAUAAGGUAAUAAACGAAAAAGAAUUAUGACAGGAGUAAGUUCAGGAGAAGAAGAAAUGAUAAGAGUUAGAAAACAAUCAAAAGGGAAUGUAACAUACUAGUACACAAGAGAGGAAUGACACAAGUGAGAACACAGUUAAGAGGAAUGACAUGAGUUAGUACAUGAUAAAGAAAUGACACAAGUUAGCACACAAUUAAGAGAAAUUAACAUAAAUUUGUAUGUGAUUAAGGAAUCCCACAAGUUAGUACCCCAAAAAGGAAUGACACGAAUAAGUACACAAUUAAGAGGAAUAACAUGUAAGUUCACAAUAAAAAGUAAUGGCACAAGUGACUGCUUGAUAAAGAGAGCCAUGACACAAUUUAGUACGCAUUAAAGAGGAAUGACAAGAGUUAAAACACAGUAAAGAGGAAUGACAAAAGUUUGUACCUUAAUGACCCGUUAGUACAUGAUAAAUGCAUGACACAAGUAACUCCAAGAUAUCAAGGAAUAACACAAAUUAGUGUUUACUAGACACAAAAUAAGAAUGACAAGAAAUGGAAUACCGUAAAGAGGAAUAACAUGAGUUAAUUCCCGAUUGAGAGGAAUGACACAAGUAAGUACAUGGUAAAAUGGAAUAACAGGAGUUAGUACACAAUUAAGGGGAAUUACACAAGUUAGUACAUGAUAUUGAGGUUUGACACAAGUUAGUACACCAUAAAGAUGAAUGACACGAGUUUGAACACAGUAUAGAGGAAUGAACGAGUUAGUACAUGAUUAAGAGGAAUGACACCAUUUUGUACGUGAUUAAGGAAUGACACAAGUAAGUAAAUGAUAAAGAAGAAUGACAAUAGGCAGAUAAUGACACAGUAUCUCAUAUGUGUGUUAACUCUGCUCUAAUUCGCUGAAGGUGCCCCAGCUGGUCUGAGGAUGAGAAGAUCUGCGUUAGGUGUGUCAACAACGAGCUGCAUUUCUACGAGAACAACGACUUUAGUAAGACCCCAAAGAUAUAUGCAAACAGACACACAGACAAAUACACACAGUUAUUCACACACAUGUAUACACACACACACACACACACACACACACACAUACACAGGUUGAUGGUCAGGUUAUAUGAUUUAGAGUAGAAAACCAGGGUACCUGCGGGGUAAAGGUAGUAAAUGAAAUGAGCCCAAAUUAGGGCAGUUAAGGGUAGUAAUGCUGCGUUCCAGUUACUUGAAAGUCAGGACCUGGAAAUGAUGUCACACCUGAGUUACCAGCGUUUCAGUUACCAAGAUGAAAAUAAGCAAAAUCGGGGGCGGAAACAAGAUGGCUGCAUCUACAAAAGUUGUUAUAGUGCUUGUUAUUUUAGUUGAUCUAAGUUCUUUUAGCAUCCCCUUUCACAGAUGUAGCCAUCUUGUUUCCACCUUUGAUUUUGCUUUUUUCCGACUUGGUAAAUGAAAUGCUGGUAACUUAGGUGUGACAUCAUUCCCAGCUCGGACAUCUGACUUCCGAGGUAAGUCGAAAGCAGCAUAAAAGGAAGUAAACGCAAGUUGACUUGGUAGUAAUUUUUUCAUCACCCCUUAAAUAUAAUAUGACUUUUCCCUUGAUAAUGAAUUUUUAUUUUAGGGUCAUUUAAUUAAAAAAAAAUUCAAAAAGAAAAGUAUGUGCAAGCAGGAUGGCAACACCUGGGUCGACGCUGAGCCAAUUAGUGAUCCUGACAACAUUUGCUGCCCUGUACUUGAUUGGUUUAACGGCCUUGAUCUAUUGUGCGCAUGCGUGGUGCUGAAACAGAGCGUAUAAGCAAGCUACAUUCCAACUGUGACAUCAAAUUGGGAAAAUGUAAGUUUUCAAAACUGUGGCUCAAUGAUCCAGUGUUUGAAGAAUGGCUUAAGCCAGUCAUGGGGAAUGAACUGGAAGAUUUUUGUAAGUUCUGUUCUCUGGAACAGUGUUAAAGCCAUCAGACUGCACUGGUACUUCUUAAAUAGUGAAGGCGUUGGUGGGGACUUUUAGUAUCAGUGGAUUUAUUCAUGCUACAAUGAUGAACAGUGAACAGACUGCCACACACACACACUGCUUGAUGUUGUGUUGUUGGUAAAAAAAAAAAUAUUCUAGAGGAAGUAAAAGGUACUUAAUUCAAUUCUUGGAUUCCGGUAUAAACCCUGAAAACAUUUUCAGGCCAAAGAUUUUAUUUUGCUUUAAUACUGUUACGCUCCUCUAGCUGAGCACAAGGAAGUAACACAAACAAUCAAAGAGGAAUUCUAGUGUGUAAAUUAUUUAUUUAACCAAGGUCAGGUUAUGAACAAAAGAGAAUCAAAGUUGGGACGGAAAGUCUACUGUGUGGGGAAGAGUGCCAAAUAAAUGAACUUAAGAUAACAAAACAGGGCCUAACUUAACACUUUCUGGGAUAAAGAAACAAGCUACAAAAAGGCCUAACUGACUGGCUAAGAAAAGUCUCUCAAAACAUACACAAAUGGCACCAACCCAUAUCCUAGUGUGCUAUACAAAAGAGUGACUAUGUGUUGUGCAAUGUAAAGGGUACCCCAACCUACCUUAGUCUUACCCACCUCCCACCACAAACUCAAAUGUCUUUAUUAUGUCUAGUUCUAAUGUUACAAGGUUGCAGAGUCAAAGUCAGCUGUCAGAGAAGGACCAGCGCAGACAAAGGAAGAGGCUUUUCAAGAUGGCUCCCCUCUAACAAGCCAGGUGAAGGGUAGGCAGCUUCCAAUCAUAUCCUCUCCACACAUCACAUGCAGGGGCAGAGCAAGGGGCAGCCAUCUUGUUCCCGGACUUCCUAAUGUAGGGAGAGGGAGGAGAGAGACAGAGAGAGAGAGACCAGACAGGAGGCUCCUAUGAGCCAGCCUCACACGUAACAAAUACCUAGUGAUGGCAGCUACCAUGGUGACUGAGUCAGGUGACACAGAGCACUUCAUGUCAAUCAGGAGGACCUGCAGACUCAACAAUCCACCUCAUUGAUUGCGUUCUCUCUUUCAGAUUCCAUCGCCAACAAGCUCCAUAUGCAGAAGGUGUCGGACUUCCAAGUGUCACCCGGAGGUCAGCCUAGCAAGGUGAACAGCCACACCUCAACAGUGGGUGGGGUGGGGUUGGGGGGGGGUUGAGGCUUGAUCCUGGUUUUAUCUGUCCUGUCUGUCCUCCACAGGUGGCGGUCUAUGUCCCAGGCAGCAAAGGGGCACCAUCCUUUGUGCGUCUGUAUCAGUACCCAGUGCUGGGCGGGCCGACAGCUGCCCUCGCGAAUAAGAGCUUCUUCAAGGCAGACAGAGUUAGCAUAGCGUGGAACAGGAAAGGUAAGACAGCAAGGUCUGGUCUGGUCCCUCAGGCCCUGGCAGAGCUGUGGCUCAUGUGUAAUGGCACUAUAAUUACUCCAUCCCUUAGCCUCAGCAGUUCUGGUGACAGCAAGCACUGAGGUGGAUAAGACCGGAGCAUCAUACUAUGGGGAGCAGAUGUUGCAUUACCUGGCGGUGAACGGGGAGACUACUCUGGUUCAGCUACGUGAGUGCUGGACACUCAUCUGACCUUCGACCCCUGACCUCUAACUUCUGACAUUUGACCUCUGACCUCUAACCUUGACUUCGGACCUCUGCAGUGUUGUAAAAAAUCUCUGAACCUGUUGGUGUAGAUCAAAAAUAUGUAUAAGUGUGUCAUCCAUGACACACUUUUCAUGACACUCUUUUCUGCCCUUCUUGUCUCACUUGUCUCCCUCUGUUUGUCUGAUGUAGCAAAGAACGGUCCAAUCUACGAUGUGGCGUGGAGUCCCAGCUCGGCAGAGUUCUGUGUGGUGUAUGGCUUUAUGCCAGCUAAAGCCACCGUCUUUAACCUGAAGUGUGACCCUGUCUUUGACUUUGGAACUGGACCGCGAAAUGCCGCCUACUACAGGUACAGCAUACCUGUCCUGUGUGUAGUACAGACCUCUGAUUGGUUAGUCUGUAAGUCAUAUAACCUGCUAAAGUCAUCCUGAUUCAGCCAGUCAGAGCUCUGACUGGGGGGUAUCCUCUGCUAUGGUGCUCACCAAUCCUGCUCUUAGUCCUCAGGGUCACAUCCUGAUCCUGGCUGGCUUUGGGAACCUGCAGGGUCAGAUGGAGGUGUGGGAUGUGAAAAAGUACAAACAGGUGAGGAGCAGAAAAUAUAAACACCUCCUGUCUCUCUCAUAAAGUUUGAUUUUGAAGCUCUAAUUGGUCCUGAAUCACCUGACAGGUGUCGGUUACAGUUUCAUGAUUUAGAAUAGAAUAGAAUAGAAUAUUCCUUUAUUGAUCCCCCCCAGGGGAAUUAUUUUUUUUUUUACCUUUAUUUAUAGAGAUCAGCUGACAGGCGUCCUCAGGUGUGUGUUAUAUGUCCAUGUUCUCGUCUUUCUGUCCCUAAGGUGUCCAAACCACAGGCUCCUGAUGCAACACAUUUCUCCUGGUGUCCUGACGGCGAGCAUGUUGUCACGGCGACCUGUUCCCCCCGACUAAGGGUCAGUAACGGUUAUAAGAUCUGGCACUACACUGGCUCUGUGCUGCACAGGUGGGAUGUGGAGGCAGGGUCAGAGCUGUGGGAGGUCUGCUGGCAGCCUUUCCUUAGUGGCAUCUUCCCAGAGAGGGCUGUCAAGUACCAGGCAGCACUCAGCGAGCUAGGAACCACAGAGGCCCCGCCCAAACAGGCAUACCGCCCUCCUGCUUUGAGACACCUGCCAGCCACGCCCAGCGCCAAACUGGUGAGCGAACACAGUGACCAUGUGCGCACACACACACACACACACACACACACACAUAUACACUUAUCACAGAAGUGUGUCCCCAGGGGGGUAUUCCAGAAAGCAGGUUAUGUGAAAAACUCUGAGUAAGUUAACCCUGAGAUGAGGGAAACUCUGAGUUAUCCGUUCCAGAAAGAGAGGUAACUUAAACACUGGGUCAGUUACUGCGGUAACUUACUCUGUGAACAUAACCUGCUCGCUGGCAGGUUUACUAUAAGAGACCCAGAGUUUCUACAUGUCUCCUCCCACACAAAGGAAAGCGAUUGAACAUGGAUUGUCCAUUCCUUGAAAAUCCGAUCGACAUCGAAGCCAGAAUAAUGCGCAACGGUUUACGUCGCGAGAGAAUCUUCCGACCCAGAUUAGACGUUUUGUCAUUUCCAGAAGAAUUUCUUUUCGAACGCUACCGCUUUUCUUUGAACAGUAUAAUUUUUCUAAAUAACCUUCUCCGGCCGUAUAUCACCAAUCUCACACACCGCGGACGAGCACUCACAUCACAUGAUUUAAAAAAAUAAAAACAAAUGCAUAUGUGAUUUGGUUCUUCUUUAUUCCUUAAGAGUACAAAAGCAACAGUCAGGAUUUGUAAUGUAGUUCCAACCAUUAACAUAUUUCACAUAUUCACCAUGACAAUGCACCCACCUCAACUGGCGUUCCAGUAAUAGAAUUUCCAGGUCUGUUUUAGCAAUCUGCCGAUCCAGAUACACCAUUUCUUUUUGGGUUUUUUUUAUACUUGUCAUGAGGUGCACCCUGUAUAACUCCUUAACCGGGCGGGAGCUGGGAAACACGGACGACAUUUAAUUCCUUUAGUUCUACAUACAGAUUUAACAUGGUAUUGACCGAAAAUCUCACUUUGACAAGCUGUGCCGUUGAGGUUGAUGGACCCUCCUCCUGGUGAUGCCCAGCCAUGUUCUGUUGAAUGACAAGAAUGAGUUAGUUUGUCCAUUAUUUAUGCUCAUCUAUUCAGUGUACAUGUCAAACUCCAAAUUCCACUUUAGAAUGUAAAUGAAUGGGCACUGCCAGUAGCUAUAUAUUAAGACACACUUCAGGAUGCCCCUCUGGAUCUCUCCCUGUGGCAGCAGACAGUGUUUCUUCAUCCUCCUCCUCCUCCUCCUGUAAUGCAGGAAAAUAUACUGUUUCAGAAUACUUUGAACUACCACCUGAGGCAUCUGAGUAUGGAAGACUUACAGCUACAGGGUUUGUUUCUGUCGGAGGCUGAAGCAGGCAGAUGACACCAUCCACAACUGUUGGGUGGAUGGAUAUAUAUUUGUUAAAAAGUAGGCUAUAUAUAUUCAUAUAUUAGUUUUAUUUUUUUAAAAGACAUAAGUGUAUACUUGCAUCUGAUGUAGGGACUUGUGUCCUGGGGGGUGACAGGUUCGGAUGAGCUUCCCCCGGGGAUGCCUUCAGCCACAGAGCGACCCCUGUUUUGGCUGAGGGCCAGCUCCUCAGCCUCCGUCAGAUGUAGUGGAGGUGGCCCUCCACCGGUUUUUCCGGCCUCUGCCUUCUUUCUGUUGGCUGAGCAGAAGUCAAUGUUUAUUUUAAAAUAGUAUUUUAAUCAGUGUUGGUGUAGGCUACAGCGUCACAUUUUAAAUGACUUCAAUAGGUCUAAAAUAUAAAUGCGUUUGUAUCAAGUGUUAAUCCACGAAGUGUAGAAUUAAGUGAGAGGACGUUGAAAAACUACAUUUUGUUUGGGGUUUAAAUGAUUAUUUGAAGUAGCCGCUGAAUUAAUAUUUUAGUUUAAAUUAAUAUUGACUCUGUCUAAUAGCCUAAGUCCAUUUUAAAAAAUUUAAUUAAAAUCAAAGUGAGGUGCAAUCACAGCCUAGCAAAAUAUGCCUUACCUUUUUGAAUUAUGUUUUUAUGUUUCAUUUUGAGCUGCUGCCAAGUUCUUUUUUCUCCCGUUGGAUUGCACCUAAAUGAAAAUCAGAUUUCAUUCCUACUUAUAUUCAUAACUAUAGACUAUGCUUCGAUCUUAUAUGUUACGUCAGUGGAAUAGUACAUUCAAACUUAGGCAUUGACUCGCGCAGCAAUUUUCUCCCAUGCCGUCUCUCUCUCCUUCGCUGCUGCAGCCAUGUUGGAUUUGCGGCGAAAAAUGUUCUCAUGCUCGCCGUAGGCCAGCAUAAGGACCUCCAACUCCACCGGGGUGAAAUAAAUUGACCGUUUUUGCUCUGUUGUCAUGGUGACUCGUGGUAUCGGGGCUCCAUUGAUGAUGGCUUUUUAUAGUGGUUGUGCACGCGCGUAACUCCAGGUUAUCAUACUCAGAGUUGAUUGAACUAAUUCAGAUCAGCUGUUCUGGAACCGUCUCCCAUCUCAGAGUAAGUCAACUCAGAGUUCAGGGAUAGACUCAGAGUAUGUUGAACCUGCUUUCUGGAAUACCCCCUAGGUCUGCUGUAUUUGAGUCACCUCAAACUUACUUUAAACAUUAAUUUAGACAUUCUGACUGUGUAGCUUCUUACAGAGACUUACCACUCUCACAAAACUUGCACCUGUGUGUGUGUGUGUGUGUGUGUGUGUGUGUGUCUGUGUCUGUGUUUGUUUGUUUGUAUGUGUGUGUGUUCAUGCUAGCAUGAGGACGAGCCUCCUCAGAACAUGCGUCCUGGAGGGGAGAAGGUUUUGUCUAAAUCAGCUCUAAAGAAUCAGAAGAAACGGGAAGCAAAAAAAGCUGCCAAACAGGUGAGCUGAUGUCAACCAAUCAUAAUAAGGCUCCCAGGCCCAACUCCCUCACAUUUAUUAAACUUUGAGAUAUUAAUCAUUUAAUUGCUUCUUGAGACACUGAUAUUUGUUCCUGUCCGUGAUCUGUCUGCACACGCUUAGAUUUCUCAAGUGUGUCAAUGUUGACUCUAUCGCCACCUGCUGUUGUGUCAUAAUUUAAAAAAAAAUCAUUUUCUACAGGAGGCCAAACCUGAACCUCUGUGUGACCCUGCCCCUAUCAGCAACAACCGGUUAGAGACCAGCAGUGGAGACCCAGAGGCAGACAAGAAGAUUAAGAACCUAAAGAAGGUGGAGAACACACGUACACUCACAUGCACACACAAACCUCAGGAGUGUUGUGCUGUGAUUGGCUGAGGCUGCAGUAAUGUGUUCAUGUCUUUCAGAAACUUAAGGCCAUUGAGGAGUUGAAGGAGCAGCAGGCUGCUGGUAAAGUCCUGCAGAAGAACCAGGUAAGCUGGACCUUUAGAUUAGCUGGAUUUAGAGCUGCUGUGAGGAGAUUCUGGUCAUCAGGAUUUAGACUGACACUGACGACUAUAAACCACCUACUUAUGCUAAAAUACAUCUAUCUCCACAGCUGGCUUCUCUGUGUUUAACUGAACACCAGAGACGCCUCUAAAGAUCAGCUAAUCAUCAGCUACCGAUCAGUCGAUUGUCAGCUGAUUGAGAGCUAUCAGAGUGAUGAGUUGCUGUUUUCAGUUUUCGGUGUGAAAAGUCUGUAAAAGUCUGUUUACAGUGAAAGAGAGACCAUAGGAAGAUCAAUCACAGACUGGGUCACCACAGGGGGGUCUGUAUGUCAACAGAGGGUGCCAAAGACCACACUGACUGAUAUCCUCACAGGAGCUUUAAAUCAGAGAGUAAAAUACACACAGGCUGUGUCUCAUUUCAGAGACCGGAUCGUGAUAAGCGCACUUAACGGCGCUUAGCUGAGUGCACUGCCGUUUUGAGCCGUUUUGAGCCGUUUUGCGCCGUUCUGUGCCCUUCCUGUGUCCCAUUUCAGAUACAGCAGCCAUCGAACGGCGCAUCUGACGCGUACGUGAGGUCACCACGCGGCACGAACGGUGUCCCGUUUGGCACAAAAUACUAAGCGCGCUUCAAAUUCGGUCUCAAAACCACACUACCCCCGCCUCUUUUUCAAGCGUGCAUGUAUGCACGCUUUCGUGCCGUCGGUAUCCCAGAAUUCUUUGCGUGCCGCUGCACAGCUGUGCAUUUCAGGUGAGAGGCUGGACUCGCUCGGAGACACAGCGCGUCUUCGAAGAAAAUACAAGAAAUCCAAAAACAGCAGACAGUCAGCUCAGGCUGUAUGAGAGCAUGAUCUCUGAACUCACUAAAAUCUGUAAACCAAACAUUAUAGAUUUAGAGACGAACUGAUCCGCUCUGCUUCAACAAUCAAAAACAUUAGAAAUAAGAAAGCUGACAAAACUACAGCAGAGUAUCAGGACAACAUUGAGGUUUUUUUUUCUUUUAAGAUUUAGAGAUUUAAGUUGUAAAUUUAAGAGAAUAAAGUCAUAAAGUAAAUAAAGUCAUAAAGCUGCUUUUGUGGAGGGGGAAAUGACUGAAGCUGGUCAUCUGCAGGGUUAUCUGUGGAUGUAUCAGCGGGUCAUUCAGAGAGAUUUUGUGGUUUCUGAAGAAACAAUCAAACUGAUGAUGAUCAACAUUUGUGAUCCAGAGGGAGUCGAGCUCCGACGAGCAUCACGUCUCUGACACCGGUGGUAGCCUACACCUGCAGAGACACCAACACCUUAUUACGGCAUAUGGAUUCAUAUCAUAAACUAAAGCUCAAUGUCAUUCACGGAUAUUAACGGCUGCAUUGACAGAUAUAUCUUCAGCAUAUUCAUUUCUGCCUCCACAAAAGCAGCGAUUUCCUUCAAGUACACCAGUUUUUUUCCCCCGUGGAAAAGACGUAUUUCUCAUAUAUUCUUUUUUAAGUCUUUAUACUUAUGACAAUGUUAUGCUGAUGUGCCAGAGGAUGAAGAAUCUCCUUGUUUGUGAAACCUAUACUGAAGCACAGUUCCUUCAAAUGCUUCAUGGUCCUAAUUUUAAUAAGUCUCCUCUGAAAUAACAGGUUAUGACUUCAUUCUCAUAAAUUAAUGACUUUAUUCUCGUAAAUUCACGACUUAAAUCUCGAAGUCCUUAAAGUCUUAAAUCUCAAUAUGGCCCUCAUACUCCUUAAUACAAAACAAUCAUUGGAUGAAUUGUGCUUGUAUGUAUCUACUAUUUUGUGUCUGUGCAAGGUCGCACAAUUAAAACAAUAAAUGCUGUGCUCCGCGGGUUUCCUUUAAGUCAGUCGUGACGCGAGCCUGAGGGCGGGGACAUUUGGCAACUCCACCAGGAAGUCCUGCGAAGGUCUCCAAAUGUCCCCGCCCUCAGGCUUACGUCACGACUGACUAGAAAAAAAGCUGCGGAGCGCAGCAUGUAUUGUUUUAAUUGUGCGACCUUGCACAGACACAAAAUAGUAGAUACAUACAAGCACAGAUCAUUCCCACAAAAUUCAUCCAAUGAUUGUUUUGUAUGAAGGAGUAUGAGGGCCCUAUUGAGAAGGAGGAUAGGAGAUACUUCAUCCUUUGGCACAUCAGCAUCACAUUGUCAUAAGUAUAAAGACUUUAAAAAAAGAAUAUAUGAGAAAUACGUCUUUUCCACGGGGAAAAAAACUGGUGUACUUGAAGGAAAUCGCUGCUUUUGUGGAGGCAGAAAUGAAUAUGCUGAGGAUAUAUCUGUCAAUGCAGCUGUAAAUAUCCGUGAAUGACAUUGAGCUUUAGUUUAUGAUAUGAAUCCAUAUGCAGUAAUAAGGUGUUGGUGUCUCUGCAGGUGUAGGCUAUGGCCGGUGUCAGAGACGUGGUGCUCGUCGGAGCUCGACUCCCUCUGGAUCACAAAUGUUGAUCAUCAGUUUGAUUGUUUCUUCAGAAACCACAAAAUCUCUCUGAAUGACCCGCUGAUACAUCCACAGAUAACCCUGCAGAUGACCAGCUUCAGUCAUUUCCCCCUCCACAAAAACAGCUUUAUGACUUUAUUUACUUUAUGACUUUAUUCUCCUAAAUGUACAACUUUAAUCUCUGAAUCUUAAAAGAAAAAAACCUCAAUGUUGUCCUGAUACUCUGCUGUAGUUGUGUCAGCUUUCUUAUUUCUAAUGUUUUUGAUUGUUGAAGCAGAGUGGAUCAGUUCGUCUCUAAAUCUAUAAUGUUUGGUUUACAGAUUUUAGUGAGUUCAGAGAUCAUGCUCUCAUACAGCCUGAGCUGACUGUCUGCUGUUUUUGGAUUUCUUGUAUUUUCUUCGAAGACGCGCUGUGUCUCCAAGUGAGUCCAGCCUCUCACCUGAAAUGCACAGCUGUGCAGCGGCACGCAAAGAAUUCUGGGAUACCGACGGCACGAAAGCGUGCAUACAUGCACGCUUGAAAACAUGCUAAGCGCGCUUAGCAUUUUUUAGCAUCUCGUGCCAAAUGGGACACCGUUCGCACCGUCGUGACGUCAUGCACGCUUCAAAUGCACCGUUCGACGGUGCAGAAGGGCACUUAGGUCGAUGCGGUCUCUGAAAUGAGACACAGCCACAGUGUUCCUGACAGAUGUGUAUAAGUGAGUAACUAACACUGUGUGUUCAUGUAUACCUGACAGGUGUGUGUAGGUAAACUACAGUCCAAAAGUUUGGCAGCAGGAUCAGAUUUGUACAAAAAAAGAUCAUACUUUCAUAUAUAUAUAUAGUUUGCAAUACAAUAAACAUGACUUUUGUGUAAAGAGUAACUUAUCAGAAGACAUUUUGACUAUAAUUAUUCAGUAUUUGAGUUAUUGUUGCUUAGACUUUGCUUUCUUUAAAGUAACCUCCUCUGGCUUGAACAACAGCUUGGCAUAUACCAGGCAUUCGUUCCAAGUUUUUUAAGGUAUGUUCCAGGGAUUGCAUUCCAAGCUUUCUUAAGUUCAUUAAAAAGAGACUGCUGAUUCGUGGGACGCGUUAUUCUGACUGAUCGAUCCAAUUCAUCCCGCACAAGCUCAACUGGAUAAAGGUCUGGAGACUGAGGGGGCCAAACCAUGUUUUAAAGAACACCUUCCUCUUCUUUUUUGUCUAGGUAACCCUGACAGAGCUUGGCAGAGUGCUUAGGGUCAUUGUUAGGGUUGGGUAUCGUUUGAUUUUGAACGAUUCCGAUUCCUCAUUUCGAUUCCGAUUCCGAUUCCUAUCGAUUCUCUAUUUCGAUUCUUUUAAAAGGCAGGAUAUCAAAAAAAAAAAAAACAUGGUUUUAAUGAGGGCGCUAACCGGAGCUCUUCGUUUUAGAUGAAAUUUCUGAACUUCUCCAUGAAUUUUUAAAUCAUAUUUUAAAUAUGACCCCUUUGUGGGACACCAUUAGGCGUUUUGCAAUUUCUCUUUCUGUGUAUCCUUCUCUCCUCAAUGUACAAAUCUGUACUUUUGUUUCUUUACUCAGUUGCUUCUUUUUAGCCAUUUUUGCAGUAGUUUGAACGCAGUUGAGAUUUAUUAGGAUUUUUGUAUGCAGACUCCCAAAAGCCAAAAAGUUAAAGUGAAUAAUCCAACUGUGGUUUUUUCUUUUUUUUUACUUUUGCACUUAAGUUGUGACUCUUGCAAAUGUUUUCGACCCUAAAACUAAGCCCUUAUUUCCUUUUGCUGACAUAUAUUUAGCAAUGGUGUGUUCACAUGAAUGUAUAUCUAAAGGUAAAUGGAGUAAAAAGGUGCAUUUCCAUGAAAGCAACAUCUGAUCAUGGAGUAAAUACAUCCCAAAAUACAUAAAACUUGUGCUGGAUUUAAAAAAAACAGCAUUGUGAAUGAAAACUUGAAGUUAUUCCCAACUGUUCGGCCUGUAAUGGCCUUGCUUCCAAACUUUUGGCCUGUAGUGUCCAUGGCAGUUGGGUAUAGAUGAGUACCUGACAGUUUUGUGUAUGCCUGUGUACUGCAUAGGUGUGUGUUAGCCUUUACCUUACAGGUGUGAGUUCGUGUGUUCCCCUUAGGUGUGUAUACGUAAGUACCUGACAGGUGUGCGUAAGCUUGUACCUGAUAGGCAAAUAUUAGAGUGUACCUGACUGGUUUAUGGUGGUGUGUAUCUUCAGGUGUGUUGUAAUGUGUACCUGACAGGUGUGUGGUCGUACGUUUCCAGAGAUUGUGUGGAAGAGUUUUCCUGACAGGCGUGUUGUAGAAUGUGUUCCUGACAGGUGUGUGUUUGUGUGUUCCUGACCUGUUUGAUUUUGUUCAUCCAGCUGGAGAAGAUGCAGAAGGAGGAGCAGCUACUGAAGGAGCUUGAAGAGCUGCAGAUUGGACAGUAGGGGGCGCUGCAAGAGACACAGGCUUCUUCUCGAUACAGACACACAAAUGUUUACUGCACUUAUCAUAAUUAUGUGCUAUGUGCUAUAACAUGACUGUUGAGCGGUUGGGCCUGUAAAAUAAAGUUAUGAUUGACACACCCACUAUAGUCAUAAUCUGAUUGGAUGGCUGGUCAGCUUCCUGUUUACCUCCACCUGCCUGAUUCUUUAGGUCAACAGUUGUUUAUUUGGAGGCUGCCUAAAGGCAUACUGGGAAAUACAGGAGGGAGCUAUUGUGUGUGGGUGUGGGUUGGGGGGGCGCUACUCUGUUGCUAUGCAACACUUGUGAAGGAGCCACAGCCUUUGACAAUGUUCCUUUCAAAAUUAAAGCCUUGUCUCCUCUUAGGCCUCAAUUAAACUGAAUACAAUUUUUGUCUUGGACUGUUUCUGCAGCUUUUAUGUCUUUAACUUACUGUCUGUGUCUAAGCUCUCUGAGUGUUGACGAUGAUAAAGGUGAUGAUGAAACCUCUUUAAGGAACAGGGUGAGUAAAAAAAGCUCCUGCUAUCUGUCAUAAAUUUCCAACACAGGGUCAGCGUUUAUGGAGACCCUCCUCUUGUUUUGUUUGAAACAUGUUCAAAACUAAAGCUGUGUUGUUUCAAAUGAGAAUUCAUCAGACCUCAGUUACUGGGGCACACAGCUGAGUCUCAGUAUUGGUAUCUGUAUUUGGUUUUGAUCUUCAUAUUCAGCAAACUGUGAGAAGAAUUGAACUUUUUUUUUUUUUUUUAAAUCAUUAUUUCAGGACAAAAUCCUUUCUUAGGGUCCACAAAGAGACCAGCCUCCCCUCAAAGUAAGCCUUUUUUCAACUCCAUUAUGGACCAACCAUUUAUGUUCAUCACUAGUCACUGUUAGCUGGUCUUUCUUGUACAUAUGUGGACUGAAACUCUGAUGUACAGUGCAUCCGGAAAGUAUUCAUACCACUUCACUUUUUCCACAUUUUGUUAUGGUACAGCCUUAUUCCAAAAUGGAUUAAAUUCCUUUUUUCCUUCAAAUAUUCUACACAAAGUACCCUAUAAUGCCAAAGCGAAAAACCUUUUUUAGAACAUUUUGCAAAUUCAUGUCAAUCAUUAAAAACAAGAACACUCAAAUGUUGCAUAUACAUAACUAUUCACACCCUUUACUCAAUACUUGGUCGAAGCACCUUUGGCAGCGAUUACAGCCUCCAGUCUUCUUGUGUAUGAUGCAACAAGCUUGGCACACCUGGAUUUGGGGAGUUUUUCCCCGUUCUUCCUUGCACAUCCUCUCAAGCUCAGUGAGGUUGGAUGGGCAGCGUCGGUGCACAGCUACUUUCAGGUCUUUCCAAAGAUGUUCAAUCGGGUUCAAGUCUGGGCUCUGGCUGGGCCACUCAAGGACAUUCAGAGACUUGUUCUGAAGCCACUCCUUUGUCUUCUUGGCCGCGUGCUUAGGGUCAUUGUCAUGCUGGAAGAUGAAGUGUCGCCCCAGUCGAAGGUCUUGAGCGCUCUGGAGCAGGUUUUCAUCAAGGAUUUUGAUGUACGUAGCUGCAUUCAUUUUUCCCUCGAUCCUGACAAGUCAAGGCUGCCGCUAAAAAAUCCCCACAGCAUGAUGCUGCCACCACCAUGCUUCACUGUAGGGAUGGUAUUGGUGAGGUGGUGAGCGGUGCCUGGUUUCCUCCAGACAUGACACUUGGCAUUCAGGCCAAAGAGUUUGAUCUUCGUUUUAUCAGACCAGAGAAUUUUGUUGCUCCUGGUCUGUGAGUCCUUCAGGUGCCUUCUAGUAAAGUCCAAGCGGGCUGUCAUGUGCUUUUUACUUAGGAGUGGCUUCUGUCUUGCCACUCUACCAUAAAUGCCUGACUGGUGGAGUGCUGCAGAGAUGGUGGUCCUUCUGUAGGUUUCUCCCAUCUCCUCAAAGGAACGGUGGAGCUCUGUCAGAGUGACCAUCGGGUUCUUGGUCACCUCCCUGACCAAGGCCCUUCUCCCCCGCUUGCUGCUCAUUUGGGCUGGGCGGCCAGCUCUAGGAAAAGUCCUGGUGGUUCCAAACAUCUUCCAUUUCUUAAUGAUGGAGACCACUGUGCUUUUUGGGAUCUUCAAUGCAGCAGAUAUUUUUCUGUAACCUUCCCCAGAUCUGUGCGCCGAUACAACCCUGUUUCGGAGGUCUACAGACAAUUCUUUUGACUUCAUGGUUUGGUUUGUGCUCUGACAUGCUCUGUCAGCUGUGGGAUCUUAUAUAGACAGGUGUGGCUUUCCAAAUCAUGUCCAAUCAGCUGAAUUUGCCACAGGUGGACUGCAAUCAAGUUAGAGGAACAUUUCAAGGCUGAUCAGUGGAAAUAGGAUGCACCUGAGCUCAAUUUUGAGUUUUCUAGCAAAGGGUGUGUGUGUACUUUUAAUAAAUUUGCAAAAUGUUAUAAGAAAAGUUUUUGGCUUUGUCAUUAUGGGGUAUUUUGUGUAGAAUUUUUGAGGGGAAAAAGGAAUUUAAUCCAUUUUGGAAUAAGGCUGUAACAUAACAAAAUGUGGAAAAAGAGAAGUGGUAUGAAUACUUACUUAAACUAAUACUGAGCCUGUCAGAUGGCGCUCAGGGUUUAACAACGGGAUUUCACCACAUGCAGAUUUGCUAUGUUCUGCUCUGGAACGGCAAACAGAUCAAAAACGCAAGCAUACAGCUCCCAUCAUAUCCAAUCUGCUGCCAAAGGAAAGGUGAAGCACUUGCGAUAUUACCAGUAUUUCUUGCAGGACUGGACAAGAUCUUGCGUGUUUCACCAUGAGACAUUAAAUGAGAUCGGCAGUGUAUAUAAACACCCACAGCCCACAACCUUGGCCCCUCCUAUUAUCACGUGAAGAACAGUUCAAUGUACUAAGUUUUUUUUGUUUUGAAAUUUACAGGAUAUUUUACUCUGCAGCUGCAUACAACAUCUAAUGCCGCUCAUGCUGCACUGCACUGAAUCAAAACGUUGUGCUGCACUGUCAGGCAAAAAAAGAAACCUUGCAUAUCUGAUCCGACCGCCGGAGCAGGUCCGCAGCGGAGCUGGACGGCAGACGGAUUGUGUGGAAUCACACACAUUGAUUAUAAUGCUUGCGUAUUUGAGCAGGCUGCAGUUCCGGAGCCAUACCGGAUCCUGUGGAAUUUAGCUGUAACUCCAAACUUCAGUAUAAACUAUGAUUGGCUGA